AUGCCGGUUGCGCAUCCACAACGCGUCAGAAUUUCCAGAAAGUUAUUGCUGCCUACGGUAUAUAUAUAUAUGAAGCGCUGUACAAGUGUUCCUGACUUCGUUUGGGGCGUUAAUAGACCUUGUACACCUUUGGUGGUUGUUUUGACAACACGAAUGUUUCUGUUCAAUUUUCUAGUGUCCCUUCGAUCGAUUGUCGUGUUGAUGGCAUUCGGUGGAGAGCUUCGUACAGCCACGGAGUUCAGUGGUUUGAGUUCGGUCGCGGAACUUGAAGCAGAGGGCAAGACCUGA